AAUCCAAGGGGCCAGAAGAAGAGAAGCCAAACUGAGUGGAGAAACACCUGUGAGUGAGGAGCACCUGUGAGUGGGGGCACCUACCCUCUGAGUGAGGAGCACCUCCGAGUAAGAAGCAUCUGUGAGUGAGGAGCAUCUGUGAGUGAGAAGCACCUGUGAUUGAGGUGUAUCAGACCUGUUAGGGAAAGCAUGUGUCAUUCCCAGGUAUGCUGGAGGACACUGAAGCAGUGUUCAAGGCAUUUUCUGUAGCUUUUCAUAGGGAAAGCCAGAAUAUUACUCUAAGUGACUAUGAUGAAAAAUUCUUGCUCUGUAACUUCAUUUUUUUUUUUUCUUUGCACAAAGUCAAAUCAUUUGAUUUUUGUUCUCCUAUUUACUUGCCAGGGUUGCCUUGUAGAGAUGACACCCUGGUUAACUAGUCAGAAUUCUGGGUCUCCCAAAAUCUCCAUACUGGCUUCUGGACCACCACUUAAAUUAAUUCAACCCCUUAUAUCCAUCACACUUAAAAAUAAUCUUUUAAUUUCAAAAAUAAUAUGUGCUAGUAAAAAAUUUGAGUGAUACAGAAGUUGACACCCAGCACCCUUCCCCUCACACUCACUCCCUGAAGAAAACACUAUCUUUUGCAUGUGUUCUUCUAGACAGUAUUCUUAUUCAUACACAAACACUUGUUUCACUUUUACUAAAAUGGAACUAUCUAUAUACACAAUGUUCAGGUGUUUUACCUUUUUACUUAAUUAUAUUAUUACUAAGUGAAAAGUAUUACUGUAAACAGAUAGGAUAUGUACAAUCCAAGGCACGCUUUUACAUGGUGGCUUAUAUGUAUCAUAGGAAUAGCUGAAACAAUUUGAAGGAGACUUAGAUAUCAAAUACUGACACCAGUUGAUAACUUGACAAAUGGUCUGACCCAAACUUUUUAACAUGCACAAUAAUAAAUCCAAGCUUUAACAAAACAGAAUUAUUUAACCACAGAAUUUUUAAAACAGGAGUUCGAAGUACUUUUCAAACAGCAUUAUUGUACUCUUUUGCUAUUUAUAUUAUAAAAACAUUUAUUUCACACAGAAUUUGAGACAUGGACAGAAGAAACCAGACCCGCAUCUAUGAAUUUCUUCUCAUGGGCUUCUCUGAACACCUGGAGCUGCAGCCUCUCCUGUUUGCACUUUUCCUGGUCAUGUACCUGGUCACUGUGAUGGGGAACCUGCUCAUCAUCCUGGCCAUUGGUUCUGACCUGCACCUCCACACCCCCAUGUACCUCUUCCUGGCCAAUCUGUCCUUUUCUGACAUUGGCUUUGUCUCCACAAUAAUUCCCAAGAUGCUAGAUCAUAUUAGCUCAAGAAUUAAGCUGAUUUCUUAUGGGGGGUGUCUGACACAACUCUAUUUCUUUGGCCUAUUUGCAGAUCUGGACAACCUUCUCCUGGCUGUGAUGGCCCUUGACCGCUAUGUGGCCAUCAGCUAUCCCCUCCAUUAUGCCAUGACCAUGAACUCCCAGCGCUGUGUCCUGUUGGUGGUUGUGUCAUGGGUGACCACUAUUUUACAUGCCCUAGUGCAUACCCUCCUAGUGACCAGGCUUUCCUUCUGUGGUCCGAAUAUUAUCCCUCACUUCUUCUGUGAUCUGGUCCCACUCCUGAAGCUGGCCUGCUCCAGUACUUACGUCAACGAUCUGGUGCUCAUCCUCGUGGCAGGAACACUGCUGAUUGCACCCUUUGUCUGCAUCCUUGUGUCCUACUUUUACAUUGCAUUGGCCAUCCUGAGAAUUGAUUCCCCAAGAGGUAAACAAAGGGCCUUCUCCAGCUGCACUUCCCACCUCUCUGUGGUCUCUCUGUUUUACGGCACAGCUAUUGGUGUCUAUUUAUGUCCUCCAUCAUCCCACUCAGAUGGAAAGGACAGAGUCUUCUCAGUCAUGUACACGGUGGUGACUCCCAUGUUGAACCUCUUCCUCUACAGCCUGAGGAACAGGGAUAUGAAGGGGGCACUGGGAAAACUGAUUGGAAUAAAAACAUCCUAG